AUGCUUGAAGGCAUUCAAUUAUCUAAAGUAGAAGAAACAAAAAGACAUAGACGACAUGCAUCUGAAAAUGCGCUUCAUUAUGUGCCUGCACCCCUUGAACCCAAGCUAGACUAUUUAUUAUCAAAACCUCGUCCACCAUUCCAUUCUCGCUCUUAUUCUCAUGAUACCCAUCCUUGCCCUACGCCAAAACUUGCUCCUCUUCAUCGCCGUGCUGUAUCUACAAACUCAUUGGAUUUUAUCCUUCAACCGACAACAGAAGUGUUGGAUUCGAAACCAAAAAAGACAACAGAAACCAAAUACAGUUGUUCUUAUUGCAACAAAGGCUUCUCUCGUCCUUCCUCUCUUCGGAUUCAUACGUAUUCUCAUACAGGUGAAAGACCCUUUGAAUGCCCUGAAGUGGGAUGUUCUCGUAAAUUCAGUGUACAGAGUAAUAUGCGUCGUCAUUUACGAGUCCAUCGACUGGGCAGACCUCUCAAGCGAAAUGGUGGCUUUCUCUCUCCCGCUGAUCGUGCUCAGCUUAUCAAUAAACCUUUGGCUGCCAAGCCAACAAUUCCAAGUACAAAUUGGAUUGGUGUGACCAUACUUCCUGUUUAA